AUGCCUUCUUCCAGCCAAAAGUCAGAUAUUGCGUCCUCCCUCUCCAAACUCUCAAUAGACAGCUCCAAGAAGACACUCGCCGCCAAAAACGUCAAGGAGCCGGUGGCAGACUCAUGGGAAGAUGAGGACGUAGACGAUGGAGAAGAAGAAGACCGUGAGGCGGCAAAGCCCCAAACAGAUGGCUCCAAGGCCCCGCCGCCGACCCCCAUCUCCCCAUCCUACAACACGGCAGACCGGUCCUUCUCUCCGUACGGGGCUGCUGACUCCUCUGCCCUUGGCGCUCCGCCGCCGGCAGACGGCGACCGCAUCCGCCGACCGGAAAAGACGGACGCCGUGGCGCGGCGCAUGAUCGCCAGCGCCCUCGGCGUCAAGGUGCCCCGCAUGACGGAGGAGCAGCGGGCAUACGACCGGGCCGUCAAGGAGAAGGAGCGCAAGCGCCGGGACGAGGAGAAGGCCGCCGAGAAGCGGCGACUGGAGGAAGCCGAGAAGGCCAAAGCCGCCAUCUGGGAGGACUAG